GCUGUAGACGAAGUCGGGGAGGUCUGCCGAGACGAGGAAUAAACACGGUGGCUGGUCCGCGCACAGGCACACGGGCAUCGGGGCAUCGGCGAGAAGUGGGCGGCGGAGGGAGUCGAGCGAGAAAGAGAGAGAGAGAGAGAGAGGGGAGACAUAGUGGGAGAAAGCGAGAGAGAGAGGGGGAGGGAGCGAGAGAGAGAGGGAGAGAGAGAGAGAGUGAGAGCGAGAGCGGGUGAUACGGUUCGUGCGUGCGAGCGAACGAGAGAGGGAGUGAGAAAGACGUGAGCGAGACAGAGCGAACGAGUAGGCCAGCGAGACGAUCACGAUGCACGGAGGCGAGCACAAGCGGCCAGGGGCACAGGGCUGAGGGCUGAGGGCUCGACGGGGCCUCGAGUUACGUUCACGGGCCGGCCGCGACGCAGCCAGCGAGCGAUGGAGCAGUCCAAGACUCCGGCGUCCCGGCUAUUCAACACGACCUGCAUCGAGAACAAGGACGACCUGGAAGAGAAAUUGGAAAGAUGUCAUUCGACGUUGCAAAAUUUGAUCACGGGACUCUCGGAGAAGGAAGCUCACGACACGCUGAACAAUGCAGUGUGCAAGGACAAGACGCACGAGGAGGUUUCCCUGGGUUUACUAGUGAUUAUCUUGACAGAACCGCAGAAUGCUGCAAAAAGUUACAGAGACUUGACAUUGAUCACACGAGAUGGCCUAGGCGUUGUGUUGGUUAAUCUGAAUCAAUUAGUACUGGAAAAAUAUUUGAGAUUAAAUGACGUUACCAGGAGCCAGUUAUUGUGGUUGCUAAGGGAAAUGAUAAGGACUAGUGUAACUAAUGUGGAUAAUCUUUGUUUGAGUUUGUUGAGGCAUGCGGCAGGCGGGGAUAUUUCCCCAAAGAACUUAUUUCUAGUUGACGCCCUCUUAGAUAUUUUUCAAGAAAAUCGAGCGUGGUUGGAUAAAUUUUCUUUUUUAGUAGCAUCAAUUGUAUACACGUAUUUACGGUUAAUAGAAGACCACAAUGCACCUCAUUUGGCUGGUUUAAGGCAAAAGGAAGUGACCUUCACAACAUCUCUGAUAAAGGAACGAAUGGCAGACUGCCUAGCUAUUGGAAGAGAUUUGGUUCGUUUACUACAGAACGUCGCGAGAAUACCGGAGUUUGAAACACUCUGGAAGGAUAUAUUACUCAAUCCGAAAUCUCUCUGUCCAAAUUUUAACGGUGUUCUUCAAUUGUUACAAACUAGAACCUCCAGAAGAUUUCUACAAUCUCGUUUGACGCCGGAAAUGGAGAGAAAACUUGUGUUUCUGACGAGUAACGUCCGUUUCGGUAAUCACAAGCGUUAUCAGGAUUGGUUUCAGAGGCAAUACUUGGCAACACCUGAAUCUCAAUCGUUAAGAUGUGAUCUAAUUCGCUUUAUCGUUGGAGUCAUACAUCCCACGAACGAACUGCUGUGCUCUGACAUUAUUCCGCGAUGGGCAGUAAUAGGCUGGUUAUUCACAACGUGCACUUCCACCGUGGCUGCCAGUAAUGCAAAGCUAGCUCUGUUCUACGAUUGGCUGUUUUUCGAUCCUGACAAAGACAAUAUCAUGAAUAUUGAACCUGCAAUCCUUGUUAUGCACAAUUCAAUGAGGUCUCAUCCACCUGUCACUGCCACACUUCUAGAUUUUUUAUGCAGGAUAAUACCAAACUUCUAUCCUGCGCUAACGGAGAAAGUCAGAAACGGCAUAUUUUCGUCAUUGCGACAAAUUUUGGAAAAACGCGUUUUGCCUAGCCUAUAUCCGUUAUUUGAUAGCCCGAAACUCGAUCGAGAAUUAAGGAGUAAAAUACGGGAAACUUUUAAGGAAUUUUGUCUACCACCAAAUACGGAAAUGCCUGGUAAUAAGGUUCUGAAAUAUUCAGGUAAAAUGGAAGAGCUCAACAAGGAGCACAAUCCAGGGACUGUAAUAGAAAAUACCACAAAUUCUACCGUGGAGAACAACCACGUGGCACAAGAUCCAGAACCAGCAUUCAGUGAUGAAGAAGAGGAGUCUCCCCUCAGAAUAGUGACGAAAGUGGAAGAGGAAGAAGACGAAGAGGAUGUACCAUUGUCUGCUGUAAAAUUGAAAAAUGAUCAAAAGAACGCAAACUGCGUCGUGAAGAAGGAGGACAUUACGUCGCAUUUACGUCUCAUAUUGGAGCCGGAAGAGUUGAGAACUAGUAUAGAAACAUUGCAUACGGAAACCGACAAUGAGUCGAGAUGCCAAGCGAUGGAAAGGAUAGUACAGAUGGUCGUGGAGGACGAAAUAGAUGCAGAGACGAUACCCGCGUUAACGUCCUGCAUAUCAACUAUCUUAUCGCCGCAGAUCACGGCGCAGAUUUUUCCGUCGGAUAAUCUAAAUGAAGAAGUAUUGGCUGAUAGUAUAAGUACACCGUUGUUUGUUAUGUUUCGAAACCAGUUUCAAUUAUGCAAAGAAGAAGAUAAUAGGCGGAAGCUUUUGGCCAGGGUGCUAGCGGAAAUGCAAUCAGUUCAAUCUAGAAUAGGUUAUCUCCUCCUUUAUUUCUUAAAAGUCUGGGGCAGAGAAGAAGAGAAAAGAGAAGGCGAACCGAGGUUAGACGAAAAAUAUGAAGAUAAAUUAUUAAACAGACAAAAAGUAAGAAAAAAAAAUUUAACUUUUGAAUUGUUAUAUUUCAGUAAUGUUCUGAACGAUGUCAAAGCAUCAGUAUAUAAAGACUUCUGCGCACAGCGAGAAAAAAAAUUGGACGUUUGUCUGGUGUCAGAUUUAAAGCUUUGCCACGAAGAUAACAUAUUCAUGUUAUGUUAUCUUGUGCCUGACGUAUACACAGGGUUUCAAAAUGUCGCCGUCGGAAAUGUUCAACUGUUGCAUCUUGUCGUAUCCACUGUAGAUUCGUGCCAGUUACAGGAUUUAGUUUGUCAAAUAAUGCAAGGCCAUCUAAAGAUGUUGAAGAAGGAAUCGUUCACCACGCUAUUGACAGCCAGCUUAAAUUGGGAAACAUUCGAGCAGUACUGUUUCUGGCAGCUCAUAUUCGCACACGAUUUUCCCAUUGAUUAUGUACUGCCAGUUUUGCCGAAAUUACAGUUUCGUAAUCACGCGGAGGCACUUACUUCAAUCUUGUUUAUGCUUAAGCAAGAAAAGCCAACGUUGGAUCUUCUACGACAAUUACUCGCCCGACAAAGCGUUGAUGGCGAUAUGUUUGUUGUGGCAGCGCUACGUUACUGGUGUCGCGAUUACGAAGAGAAACUUGGCGAGCUGCUUGCGAAUCUACUUAGCACCCGUUAUCCUGCGACCAGUCCGAACAAACGGAAACGUUCUGGAGCCAAACAGAAUCAACAAUCUGCUGGUCCACCUACCGGCGAACAAGUUCUCGGUCAUUUGGAUCAAUUACGUCAACACUGUAUGUCCUCCGCGGAAUUACAGUUAUAUCACUCUGAAGGAAUGCAAAGGGCAUUACAGCAGGCGCAGGCGGCGAGUAGUGAUUCACUGAGGAAAAGUUACGGCGAUCUCUUUGCGCUUGCAGAAGUCAAUGAAGAAAAUGAACCGCCACCACCGAGUAGUUCCGCGAGAAAACACACUACUGCUUCCUCUGGAGGUGGUGGGGCCAGUGGUAAGGGUGGCCAUAGGAAAACCGGUGCUAACACAAGAGAAAGAUCCAAUUUGAAGAGACCACUUCCACGAUAUCAUAUUGAUAGUACCUCUAGUAGCGAGGAAGAAGAAAUCGUGAAUCCAAAGCAAGCGAAAAAAAGGAAAAAGAUCAAUCCAGUGGGCUCGGACAGCGACUGACCACCCAGUGUCUUCAUAUGUCACAUGGACCACGUCACGUGUGUGCAGCAAGCUAAACUAGCCUUAAGAAUA